AUGAAGGUAGGAAUAAUGACUGGAACAAAAAUGAGCUCGGGUCGGCGAGAGCAAAUGCUAAAAAACUUUUGUCGCAGUAAUUAUUCCUCCACUCUGUAUUGUUUAAUGUUAUCAGAUGGAAAAGAUCUGUAUAUUUUGAGAGCAUCUCACUUUUUAGCAGAUUUUCGCGGCAGCUUUUGAGACCAAGCUUGGAAUCAGCUUGGUCUCAAAAGAGAGCAUCCACUUUUUGCAUAACUACACCUGGUCUCAUUCCGAAGUGACCGCAGACCAUUCCUGAUAAGAAAUAUUCUCCAUAAAUUAUCAAAUAAUCAAAAAGAUGUUCAAUUCAUCUUUAGCUGAAAGAUUUCUUCAUGACAAAGAGAAAAAGUGAGAUGGUUUAUGUGGACUUCAAUCUAGAAAAAAGCGCAAUUUGAUAACCGUGCGCAUUUUCCUGAUGUUAGAAAGAGAGCGCAAUUUCCUGUACAAAAUUUGAAAAAAAGAGUGCGCAUUUUCCUUACGUGCGCACGAGAAAAGAGUGCGCACAGCGCGCACUUUCCAGCAUGCCAAUUUUUUAUUUUGCUUUGAGGGUAGAAUUUUGGUUCAAUACAAUAAUAUUUUUGAAUUUGGGUUUUUGUAAAUAUCGAGUUUUAUGCCUUUUGAAUGAUUUUUUGGCGCUCUCUUACAAGUUUCUAACACUUUUAUUUAUUGAGCUCAGAUCGAGUUUUUUUUUUUUAGAAACUAUAGAAAAUCGAUAAGUCUUUGAUUUUUUCAUAUUGAAACUCUUUACAGAUCUCCGUCUCGGCUUGUCAAAAUGUCUCAGUUCCCGAUAACUAUUGCUCCUAUCCGAGAAGGCUUCAAAGGACGAUCCGAACGAAGAAAUUGCGUGAGUUUUUUUGGGGGAAAAAAAUGUUGAUUUUUUUCACAAAUUUUAACAAGAUUGACGGUUUUUCCUAAAAAGUCAUCAAUCAUUCAAAUUUUUCCUUUUUUUCAAAAGUUUUUUUAAUCGGUCAGAACUUUCAAAAAUUAUUAUUUUAGCCAAAUUUGGAAAUUCGCUUUGAAAAAGCUCGAUUUGAUCUCAGGAAUUAGUAGAAAAAAAUAAUGCGAUUCAAAAAAAUAAAUGUGAAGUAGUGCAGUUCCUACAGAAAAAUACGAAAAAAGACUUUUCUAACACAGUUUUCUUGUAUGGAGUUUGAACUUUCUGAAAUUUUGGGAUAAGUUUCGUUUGUACCACUCCGUAGGAACUGCAGUUUGCAGAAAAAAAGUGGAUUUAUAAAAUUUUUAAAAUAUUGAGCUCCAUAAGAGAAAAAUAUGGAAAAAAAAAGAAAAUAUUUUCGUAUUUUUUCUGACGGUACUAAAUUUUUUGCUAACGGAGUGGGUUCUGAACCGCCUAGAGCUUUCAGUAAAAAAAAAUAAUUCCAGCCGAAGUCGACGAAGUGAGGAACGAGACGAUCCGCAUCGAGAAGCUCAACUCGACGACCUCCACCGUCAGAAUCACCUGGCAGCCGCCGGAACAGCCCAACGGCGGGGCGAUCGGCUACAAAGUCACUCUGGUGAACACUCUCGUCGAAUCGGUACCCUUUUCAAGACGUCAUUUGGAGUUUCGAAACGGAAAAAAUGGGAAAAAAAGGCUUUUUCAAAAUGGAUUUUUGGUUAUAUUCAUGCACUAUAGAAUGAGAAAUUAUCAGAUUUUCGAUUUUUUUAUGGGUUUUUGCCUUGAAAAAUAGAAAAAGGACUUUAAAAAAUGGUUUUUUGGGUGAUUUUCUGUUGUAUUAGUGCAUUAGGAAACAAAAAAAGGACAGAAAAAAAUAUUUUUUUAUCAGUUUUUUUCAUGAAUAGUUGCUUCGAAAAUGGAAAAAGGCGUUUUUAAAUCUGAUUUUUUUGUUCGAUUCUCUGUUGUAUUGGUGCACUAUAAAACAAGAAUAUAUCAGAUUUUCAUCAAAUUUUCAAUUUUUAUGGGUUUUUGCUUUGAAAAUAGAGAAAAAGAACUUUUAAAAAUGGAUUUUCAUCAGUUUUUUGUUGUGUUAAUGCAUUAUGAGCCAAGAAAAUUCUAAUUUUUGUUUGAUUUUUGGAAUUCCAAGCCCCAUUUACACGAAAAAUGCUGAAAAUCUUAGAAUUUUUGGAUUAUAUAUAACUGAAAAACUCCGUUUUUCUCUUUAAAACUCUCUUUUUCCUCAUUUUUCGCGACAUUUUUUAGACAUUUUACUCAUUUAUUUACGUUUUCAGGCACCCCAUCACGUUUGCCAAAGCGCCUAUGAUGGAAAUUGGACGGCGGCCAACGACGGAAUCCUGUUCAAGGGCCUGGCCGAUGGAAAUUAUCGGUACGGAUCCAAUUUUCAUCCUUCCAAGAACUGCGAAAAAUGUUUAGAUUAGGUUCCGGUUUCAAAUGUGGUACGAAAUCAUUUGAAAACUAAUUCUGCCGCUAUACAACGCUUUUUAAGAUCUGAAUUUUAUCACUGAUCUAAUCUAUUUUUUAGUGGCCACUGUAGAGGUCUGAGUGCUACUACUGUACCACUAAAAAUUUUAGUGGCCGCUUUAGGAAUCAAUGAAUCAACAUAACUGGUCCAAUCUGUUUGUUUUAAAGUUAUCAGAAUUACUGAAAGGAAUACUGGAUGAAAAACUACUAAAGUGGCCACUAAAACGGAAAAUAGUGGCCACUAUAGAGGUGGAUUUAGUGGCCCCUUUAGUGUCCUCUCCAAGUAGUCCUUGGUGAGCCUCUACAGUGGCCACUAAAAAUUUUUUCUCAGUCAUUUUUAAAGGUUAAAAUGAAUCGGAAUUCAGAUAAUAUUAAUUGAUGACCUGAAAAAUUGAUAAAGAGAUAUGAAAAAUCAUUAUUUAAUGAAAAUUGCAGCGUCGAACUUCGUACCAUUUCCAUGGCCGGCCUCUCCGCGCCGACCGUCAGCGAAGAGACUUUCAACAUUUAUACCCCCCGGAUUCUGGACCCUCAAGGUAAAAAUUUAGAAGAAGAAAUGUCAAAAAAAUCUAACCUUAUGUAGCAAUUUUUUUGACAAGAAACCUUGGAAAAAAAUCUUAAAAAAAUGUUUUUCUCAAAAAAAUCUUCUUUUUUUCGAUGGGAUUUUGACGGGAAGAGUCAGAAGUUUGUCAGAAAAAUUAUUAAAGUUCUAGAGAAUUUUUAUUGCUCUGAAAUUUUUUUUCCUUGAAAUUCUUGAAUUUUUUUCCUUUUCCUACGUCAAGUUUUGAUAGAAAAUAGUAAAAAAAUGUGAAGUUUUUCGUUCAAAAAAAGAUCUUUUUGGAUCAAAUUUUUGGCGAGAAAAAAAGUUAAUAAAAGGAAUUUUUUUCAGAAAAAUUUAUGCCUCCCUAGCUUUUUCGAACUUUUUUUCCUCACAAUUUUCGAAAAAAAUUGUCCUUUUUCUGCUUCAAAAAUCUGAAAAACCGAAGCGAAAAAGAAUUUUUUUGCGGAACAUUUUAAUCGCCGUGACUCAUUUUUUUCUUUAAAAAAAUCUAAAAGUUACUCUUUUUUUCUGCACCGAGUUUAAACAGAGAAUGUUGAAAAUUUUUAAAAAUCGUAUCAAAUUCGGAGGGAAAAGAGUAAUUCGAAAUCUUUUCUAGAAGAUUUUCAUCUCCCUAGAUCUUCUAGGUCUUUUUUCAACUCAACUUUUGAAAAAUACACCUUUUUCUGCUUAAAAACCUGAAAAUGAAAGUGAAAAGAAUAUUUUCCAGAACAUUUUCAUCGCCCUGGUCCAUAUUAUUUUUCAAAUCUCAAAAAUUCUCCUUUUUCUGUAUCAAGUUCUAACAGAAAAUGUUGAAAAAUGUGAGUUUUCGUCCAAAAAUCGUAUCAAAUUUUGUCGAGAAAAUAGUUUUGAAAAAAUUUAGUCAGCAGAUUUUCAUCGUCCUAGCUUUUCUAGCUCCUUUUUCUUCACACUUUUCAAAAAAUCAACUCAUUUCUGCUUCAUAACCUGAAAACCGAACCGAAAAGAACGAUUUCCAGAACAUUUUCAUCGCCCUGGCCUGCCUGAUCCUGUUCCUACUGAUCGCCGGCACGAUCGCCUACUACUUUGUCCGCAAAUACUACGGCGCCAAGGUCAAGGAGUACGCGACGCAGUUGAUCUCCGCCAAUCCCGACUACCUCUCCCAACAAGACGUCUACAAGCCCGACGAGUGGGAACUUAAGCGGUCUGACGUCACCAUUCAGGAGGAGAUCGGCCACGGAACCUUUGGCAGUGUCAGUUUUUUUUCUCGGGGAAAAAUUGAGGAAAUUGAUUUUUCUGUGAAGAGAAUAGGUGGAAAAUUCGAAAGUCUUCAAUUUUGAGAUUUUAAAAAUGAUAGAAAAUUCUUCUUAGGAUCCCCAAAGUGGUCCCUAUAGGGGCAACCUUAGGAACCACUUUACUAGCCUCUAUAGGGGCCCCUAAGCUUGCGAAAGUGGUCCCUAUAGGGGACAUUCUAGUCGACAUUUUCUAUUAAGUCUAUGCGAAGAAGCAUUUCCAUUGGAAAAUCUGAAUUUUUGAAUAAAAUGGUAAGAUCCCUAUAGGGACCACUUUUCGGCCCCUACAGGAGCUAUUUUUCCCUCGAACUCCUAUAGGGAUCACUCUGAAGCUCCUAACUUGAUUGAAGCAAAACAAAUCAUUUGAAAAAAUAAUUUGAAAAUUUUUUUCUGUAGAGUUUGAAAGCAAUGGAACAGGAAAUGCUUUUCGAAUUUUUCGAGAAAAAUAAGGUGGAAGAUGGAAAUUUAAUGGAAUAAGGAUGAGAAGAGGAUUUUCUUUUUUUUUUGUUUUUUGUAGUUUCCUUAUAGGAGAAGGAACGAAAAUAGGACAGUAAUUGUAUUUUUGAGCCGGGAAACUUGGAUCAAAACCCGUGAGAUGAAUUUUAUCGAAAAAAAUAAGAGGAAAAUAGAAAAUGAAGCUUUUUUUGACUUUGACGCAGUGCGACUUCUGAAUGAGCACUAGAUGUAGUUUGGAGGCUCAUAACUUUCUUCACAGACCUCUGAGGAAGUUUUUGAGGCCAGAUUUGGAAUCAGCGUGAAAAGUUGCACAUAGUAAAGUUCGUUUUUCGCGACUUCUCUGCACCCUCCUCGUCUCUCGACCUUUCUCUCAUUUUUACGUGCUAUUUCCAUGUUUCUCUGACCUUGCCGGUGAGAGAACAGAGAGACGCAGACACAUGGAAACUGUCAAGGAUGGGCUAUAAAUUGUGUCUCAUUCAGAAGUCCCACUCUGAGAGAAUAUCAUUCCCUAAUUGGAGGGGGGAAUAUUUCAUCAAUCAUCUCGGAUUUCCAGGUCUUCCGCGGCCUCGGCAACAACGUCACGUCCCAGUGUGGAGUCACCUUCGGAACUUGUGCGAUUAAAACAGUCACCGACGCGGCCAACAACGCGGAACGUCUUCAUUUCCUGCUUGGUAUCCAGUAGAAUCAAUCCAAUCAACUUGAUUGUUUUCCAGAAGCCCACGUGAUGAAGACGUUCAACUCCUCGUUCAUCGUCAAGCUGUACGGAGUCGUUUCAGACGGACAGCCGGUCCUCGUCGUCAUGGAGAUGAUGGCCAAGGUGAUUACUUCAGUGAAAUUUCUGAAAUACCAAAAAAUGGAGAUGAUUGAAAAUAGGAUUUUUGUAUGUAGUGAAACAUGAAAUUUUUCUUUUUAAAACUGGAGAUGACCAAAAUUUUGGUUUCAGGACAGUUUUAUCCUAAACAUGAAUUUUUCCACCCUACUUCUUCCAAAAAUGUAGGUGAUCAAAAUUAUGACGUUUCAGGCCACUUUUCUAUGCAGUUAAACAGAAAAAUUUUCAUCUUAACCUUUCAAAAACUGUAGAUGAUCAAAAUUAUGACCUUUCAGGGACCUUUUCUAUGUGUUUAAACACAAAGUUUUCCAUCCUGACCUUUCUUAAAAUGUAGAUGAUCAAAAUUAUGAUGUUUCAGGCCACUUUUCUAUGCAGUUAAACAGAAAAUUUUCCAUCUAAACUUUUCUUAAAAUGUUGAUGAUCAAAAUCAUGUCCUUUCAGGGCAACCUCCGUGAUUACCUCCGUUCCCGAAGGCCCGGCGCCGACGAAAAUAAAGAAAACCUGCCGGUCCCCACGAAAGAGCAGUACUACGAAUGGGCGGCACAAAUCGCCGACGGAAUGGCCUACCUGGAAUCGAUCAAGUUCUGCCAUCGGGACCUCGCCGCCCGAAACUGCAUGGUGCACGCCAACGACGAGGUCAAGAUCGGCGACUUCGGAAUGGCCCGCGACCUCUACUACCACGAGUACUACAAGCCGACCGGCAAACGGCUCAUGCCCGUCCGAUGGAUGGCCCCGGAAUCCCUGAAAGACGGCAAGUUCGACUCCAAGUCCGACAUCUGGUCCUACGGAAUCGUCCUCUACGAGAUGCUCACCCUCGGCCAGCAGCCAUAUCAAGGCCUCGGCAACGAGGACAUCCUCGAGUUCAUCGGCAUGUCCCGCAAGGUCCUGGAACGGCCCCAGGAAUGUCCCGAAUAUUGGUGCGUUUUUGGAGACUUUUUUUUCAGAGAAUUCGACUGAAUUUGAGUGAAAAAUGAGCUGAAAUUUAUGUACUCAAGACCUCCAGAGUAAUCCCUAUAGGGGCCCUUGUAGGUCCCCUCUAGGGAACACUUUACCAACCCCUAUAGAGGUCGAUAAUUUUUAUAAACUCUAUGCGAAAAAGGAUUAAUGAAGUUGAAAGACUCCUAUAGAGACCACUUAAGAAGUUGAAAGACCCCUAUAGAGACCACUUAAGAAGUUGAAAGACCCCUAUAGAGACCACUUAAGAAGUUUAAAGAUCCCUAUAGGGUCCACUUGAGCUUUAGAGACUAAGGGGUCAGACCCUAAACCCCUAUAGGGUCUACCUUAACUUUACCCCUAUAGGGACCACUUUUUUGGCCCCUAUGAGUGUUUUUUUCUCUCCUAAGCCCUAGAGGAACCACUCUGGAAUUCCUGAGUAACUCGAACAAAACUUGAAAUUUUUUUCCGCGUAUCGUCGAGUUUACGCAUGUAGUUUCGUGACGACGAUAAUGCUCGAAAAAAAAAAUGAUUCUUUACAGUUGAACAGCACUGAAUUCCGACUCUGACCCCCUUUUUGCAGGUACCAAGUGAUGCGGCUCUGCUGGAAAUAUCAGCCCCGAGAACGGCCGACCUUCUCGCAGUUGGUCCGCGUCUUGGCCCCGCACACGUCCCAGAAGUUCCAUGAGGUAUCUUUUGAAAAAUCCAAUCGAAGGCAAGCAGAAGAAGAAGAGACUUCUAGGAUCAUUAUCUUGUACAUCAAGAAGUGUUCUGCCCAAUUUUCAGAAAAUUCCCAACCUCCCCUCUGAAACAAUCAUACGUUGCAGCUCUCAUCGGUGAUGAACUCGGACUACGACCUUAACGAGGAGCUCCCGAUGAUCGAGGGCGACUCGGACGAGGAGGAGGACGACUACGUCGAAGAGCCGGCCUACGUCCAGGAGCCCGGCCGCGCCGGCCAGGCCAUCCAGAUGCGGGAGUUCAAGAAGAACUCGAGGAUCUCCCUCCUGCCGGACGGCGACCAGGAGACCGACGCCGCCGACUACAUGCGUCAGGACUUGAGCUCACAGGUCAGUUCUCAGCGAAAUUUGGGAAAAUAGAUUAAGUUUUUUGAGCUCUCAUUGUGAGCACACUAACUGCACAAGGUCUUCUUUACAUAGAUUUUGAAAAGCUCCGCCCCUUUUUAGGGUUACGGUAGGAUACGGUUUUUUUUGCGGUACGGUUGAACACACGUUCUCCCAGAAACCGUUGAUACCAAAAUUUUAAAUUUCAGAUUGGGUUUUCGGAGCUUAUAGUCACACUAACUACAUAUGGUCUUGAAAAUUUUGCAUAGGAUUUAGACAGGCUCCGCCCCCUUUUUAGGGUUACGGUAGGUUUUAAAGGCGCAUAGGUAAAUGCCGAAUAAAAUUUAGUUGAUGCUUUGACAGGCUCCGCCCCUUUUUUUAGGGAUACGGUAACUUUUAAAGGCGCAUAGGUAAACACCAAAAAAUGUAGUUGAGGCUUUGAGAGGCUCCGCCCCUUUUUAGGGUUACGGUAGCCUAAAUAUGAAUAAAUAUAAUUUUUUUUCUCCGUCGUCCAAGAUCAUAUAUUUAAAGGCGCAUAGGCAUAAUUAUUAGAGGUUUUUUUAAGCGAAAAGCCGUUUUUAUAGUCAUUUCAAAUUUUGGAUUUUUUUUCAGAAGACUAUUUCGAGGCUCAGAAAAAAUAAGUCCCCUUACAAGUUUCAGAAUGGAGAAAGAAUUUAUGACCGAAUGAAAAUAAAUUCUUUGUGAAUGUCAUUUUACUGUUUCAAAGUGGAUUCAUACUUCGAAACAAGUUGAAAAAGUCAAUCUUGAAUCUAGAUCGAGAACUUUUAAAAUAAGAAAAAAAGAAGUAAAAAAAUGGUAUAUUUGAAAAAAAGGUCCUGGAGAUUCUUGUAAAGCUAAUCAGUAAUAAAAAAUUCACCGUAACCCCUGAUCAUACUGUAGUUUCAGGGCAACGGACCACCGGCCUACUGUACCUCGAACCGUCGCCAAGCCGAGCACGCCGCCUGGGACGAAGGGGAUCAUCUCCAAUCUUCACCCUCCAGUGGCGACUUUGAACGGAUUCAACCCCCAACUUCUUGA